GCGGGGAUGGAGCUUUGUAUCCAGUAUCCCGAUUGUGCAUAAAAUGUAUGUUAGUAGGGGGAGGCACCGGACGCUGAAGCUAGCAGGGAUAGCUAAUGGUUUCCAGGCCUCACAGAGGCGGCCCUGGCCUUUGAAACAUGCAGCUGAACUCAAGGCCCAGGAGCAGGAAUAUGAGAGCAGCUGUGGAGAAGAGCGAACAGCCAGGAGGAACCUCUGUCAUGGCUUCGGAAUCUUUCCCUUGUGUUCUAAGGACUACCAGCCAGACUCCCAGAAAUCAUGUUGGUAGGAUCCCAGUCCUUCUCGCCUGGAGGGCCCAAUGGGAUCAUCAGGAGCCAGUCCUUUGCGGGGUUCAGUGGCCUUCAGGAGAGGCGAUCCAGAUGUAACUCCUUCAUUGAAAAUCCCUCUGCUCUCAAGAAGCCUCAGGCCAAACUGAAGAAAAUGCACAAUUUAGGACACAAGAACAGCAGCCCUCCCAAAGAGCCUCAGCCUAAAAGGGUGGAAGAGGUCUACAGGGCUUUGAAAAAUGGACUUGAUGAGUAUCUGGAGGUUCACCAGACAGAGCUGGACAAGUUGACAGCUCAGUUAAAAGAUAUGAGAAGAAACUCUCGCCUGGGUGUGCUGUAUGACCUAGACAAGCAAAUUAAAACAAUUGAAAGAUACAUGAGACGCCUGGAGUUUCACAUCAGUAAGGUAGAUGAACUCUACGAAGCUUAUUGUAUCCAAAGACGCCUCCAAGAUGGUGCCAGCAAAAUGAAGCAAGCCUUCGCGACGUCCCCUGCCAGCAAAGCUGCCCGGGAGAGCCUGUCAGAGGUCAGCCGGAGCUACAGAGAGUACACAGAGAACAUGUGCACCAUUGAAGCAGAGCUGGAGAAGCAGCUGGGGGAGUUCUCUAUCAAGAUGAAAGGUCUGGCUGGUUUUGCUCGCCUCUGUCCUGGAGAUCAAUAUGAAAUUUUCAUGAAGUAUGGCCGACAGAGGUGGAAACUGAAAGGCAGAAUAGAAGUAAAUGGCAAACAGACCUGGGAUGGAGAAGAAAUGGUGUUCCUGCCCCUGAUAGUUGGAUUAAUUUCCAUCAAGGUCACAGAACUCAAAGGGCUAGCAACUCAUCUCCUGGUCGGCAGCGUGACCUGCGAGACCAAAGAGCUGUUUGCAGCCCGACCUCAGGUGGUGGCUGUGGACAUCAAUGACCUUGGCACCAUCAAACUCAACCUGGAAAUCACCUGGUAUCCGUUUGACGUGGAGGACAUGACGCCAUCCUCAGGCGCUGGGAACAAGGCAGCCGCCCUCCAGAGAAGAAUGUCCAUGUACAGCCAGGGCACCCCGGAAACGCCCACCUUCAAAGACCACUCCUUCUUUUCGAAUCUACCUGAUGACAUCUUUGAAAAUGGGAAGGCAGCUGCGGAGAAAAUGCCACUGUCCCUCAGCUUCAGUGACCUGCCCAAUGGGGACUGCGCCCUCUCCCGCAGCCCAGCCAGCUCUCUCCCCAGUGCGUGCUCAGCAAACCCAGAAAUCACCAUCACCCCCGCAGAGCUGAACCGCGGCAGCCCCUCCUCCCAGAACGAGGGCCUGGAUGACUCCGGCUCGGCCUCUUCCAAGAGCUCCUUGGGAGAAGGCUCAGAGCCCAGGCCCCACCGGGAGGAAGAGACCGAGGGGCCCGGGAAACCCGAGGCCGGCAGAGCGUCCGCGGGUGCCCGGACGGAGCGCCUAUUCCUGGAGAAGGGUGUCGCAGAGGCCCUUCUGCAAGAGUCUGACGAGGCCUCUGAACUCAAGCCCGUGGAACUGGACACUUUUGAAGGAAACAUCACGAAGCAGCUGGUCAAGAGGCUCACCUCGUCAGAGGUGCCGGCGGCCACCGAGAGGCUCCUCUCUGAGGGCUCUGUCAGUGGAGAGUCCGAAGGCUGUAGAUCCUUCCUAGAUGGAAGCUUAGAGGAUGCCUUUAAUGGGCUUUUCCUUGCAUUAGAACCACAUAAAGAGCAAUAUAAAGAGUUUCAGGAUCUGAACCAAGAAGUCAUGCACUUGGAUGAUAUUCUAAAAUGCAAGCCAGCAGUAAGCCGAAGCAGGUCUUCCAGUUUAAGUCUUACAGUUGAAAGUGCUUUAGAAAGCUUUGAUUUUCUGAACACCUCUGACUUUGACGAGGAGGAGGAUGAUGGUGGUGAGGUUUGUAAUGUUGGAGGAGGUGCUGACUCAGUAUUUUCAGACACUGAGACUGAGAAACAUAGUUACAGAUCAGUACACCCGGAAGCCAGGGGGCACCUCAGCGAAGCCCUGACUGAGGACACGGGAGUCGGGACUAGUGUGGCAGGAAGCCCUCUCCCACUGACCACGGGAAAUGAAAGCCUGGACCUCAGCAUCAUCAGGCACCUCCAGUACUGCACCCAGCUCGUCCAGCAAAUUGUUUUCUCAAGCAAAACCCCAUUUGUGGCCAGAAACCUCUUAGAGAAGCUUUCUAGGCAAAUCCAAGUGAUGGAGAAGCUCUCAGCCGUCAGUGAUGAGAACAUAGGAAACAUCAGUUCUGUCAUCGAAGCCAUACCGGAAUUUCACAAAAAGCUGUCUUUGCUGUCAUUCUGGACCAAGUGCUGCAGCCCGGCUGGGGUCUACCACAGCUCAGCAGACAGAGUGAUUAAGCAGCUAGAAGCCAGCUUUGCCAGAACUGUCAACAGAGACUAUCCCGGACUCGCAGACCCAGUGUUUCGCACACUGGUGUCCCAAAUCCUGGACCGGGCUGAGCCCCUGCUUACCUCCAGCCUCUCCUCCGAAGUCAUCACUGUUUUCCAGUAUUACAGUUACUUUACAAGCCACGGUGUGAGUGACCUAGAGAGUUAUCUGAACCAGCUGGCCAAGCAAGUUUCCAUGGUUCAGACUCUGCAGUCACUGAGAGAUGAAAAACUGCUACAGGCCAUGAGUGACCUUGCACCCAGCAGCCUCCUGGCCCAGCAGGAAAUACUCGGGACUCUGGCUCUGCUCUUAACCGGGGAUGACAGUGGAGUUAGUGAGGCUGUGAUGCUUUACUUGGCAGCAGCCUCCAGAAACGAGCAUUUCAGGGAAAAGGCCCUGCUCUAUUACUGUGAAGCCCUAACAAAGACUGACCUCUGGCUCCAGAAGGGAGCUUGCCUGGCCCUGAAAAGCCUGAAGGCUACUGAAAGCAUUAAAAUGCUGGUGACAUUGUGUCAGUCCGAUACUGAAGAAAUCAGAAAUGUGGCCUCAGAAACUCUCUUAUCUCUUGGAGAAGAUGGGCGGCUGGCAUAUGAACAGUUGGACAAAUUUCCUCGAGACUGUGUUAAAGUUGGAGGUCGUCAUGCAAGUGAAGUUGCCACGGCCUUUUAAUUACAAGUUAACUCUGCCUAACAGCUGUCUUAAUAAAUGGCCCUGUUAAUCAA